AUGACCGCUGAAGGCUUCUGUGUAAAUGUUAACAUGUGUGCACUACAUCUCCUCGCUGCGUAUAAGCAGUAGCAGACACACAGUCUGUGCUUCACUGUACACGGCUUCACCAUGAGACUGCAGCUCCCUAACCCAGGAUUAGAGCACCGGAUCCCCAACUAUGACGAGCUGGAGAAGAUGGAAAAAGAGGAGGCAGAUGGUCGGCCCCAGUGGGACAACAAAGCCCAAUACAUACUAACAUGUGUGGGCUUCUGUAUUGGUCUGGGGAAUGUGUGGCGAUUCCCCUACCUGUGUCAGAGUCAUGGAGGAGGUGCCUUUUUGAUCCCCUACCUGAUCCUGCUGGUGCUGGAAGGAAUGCCUCUCUUGCUGAUGGAGUUUGCCAUUGGCCAACGUCUGAGGAAAGGCAGUGUGGGGGUGUGGAGGGCCAUCAACCCCUAUCUGACCGGCAUUGGCAUCGCCUCCAUGUUGGUGUCGUUUUUGGUUGGGUUGUACUACAACACCCUAAUAGCCUGGAUCCUGUGGUAUCUUUUCAAUUCUUUUCAACAGCCUCUGCCCUGGACUCAGUGUCCACUUAAUGGAAAUAUGACAGAAUUUGUACCGGAAUGCCAACGGAGCUCCACUGUGGAUUAUUUCUUUUACAGAGAGACUCUGAAUAGUUCUGGCUCCAUAGCAGAAUCUGGGGGAAUCCAGUGGCCGAUGGUGGUUUGUCUGCUCACAGCCUGGACAAUUGUAGCUAUCUGCUGCAUUAGAGGAAUAAGCACUUCAGGCAAGGCAGUUUACGUCACAGCAAUCCUGCCAUAUAUAGUGCUGGGAAUCUUCCUUAUCCGAGGAGCAACUCUGAAAGGUGCCGUGAGCGGAAUAAAAUUCCUCUUCACCCCAGACGUGGAGGAGUUGAUUAAACCAACAACUUGGCUGGAUGCAGGAGCUCAGGUGUUUUACGCCUUCGGCUUGGCAUGGGGAGGCCUAAUCUCCUUCUCAAGCUACAACCCUGUUCACAACAACUGUGUGCAAGAUGCUGUGAUCCUCUCUGUGGUCACUGGACUCACUUCAGUCUAUGCUGCCCUGGUGACCUACUCCAUCAUUGGCUUCAGAGCCACUGAGAAAUACGACUCCUGUAUCACUGAAAACAUUGUGAGACUGUUAAAUACAUUUGAUCUUCCUGAGGACAACAUCACGUCAAGCAGCUAUGAUGCAGCCUUUAAUAAUCUGAACAGCUCCUAUCCUGAUGUCAUUCUGGGACUGGACCUCCGAACCUGUGACAUGCAGAAACUCCUCAGUGAGGGAGUGGAAGGAACUGGUCUGGCCUUCAUCGUCUUCACGGAGGCCAUCACCAAAAUGCCUGGCUCUCCGAUAUGGUCUGUCCUCUUUUUCAUCAUGCUCCUCUGCCUUGGACUCUCCACUCUGUUUGGCAACAUUGAGGGAGUGGUGGUCCCCUUGAAAGACUUACGAAUAUUUCCUAAAAAAUGGCCCCACGAAGUACUGACUGGGCUGACAUGCGUUGUCUCAUUCAUAAUAUGCCUGCUGUUUACGCAGAGUUCAGGACUUUAUUGGGUCACUUUCUUUGAUAAUUUUGCUGGAUCAGUCCCUCUACUGACCAUUGGAUUCUUUGAAAUGAUUGCUGUUGUCUACAUCUAUGGCAUAGACAGGUUCAACAAGGACAUAGAGUUCAUGGUUGGACACAAGCCAUCAAUCUUCUGGCAGGUUACAUGGAGAGUCGUCAGUCCUUUGAUUGUCUUGGUCAUCCUAGUUUUCUAUCUGGUGACUCAAGCACAACAGAAGCUCACCUACCAAGUUUGGGACCCUGACUCUGAGGAGUUUCCAGCUCUGGCAUCAGUGGAAUACCCUUCCUGGAUCAAUGCAGCGAUAUUUCUUGUUGCAGGAGUCCCCAGCCUGGCCGUACCUGUGUAUGCAAUAUGCAGACUGAUAUAUGUGUCAUGCAGAAAAAAAUAAUUCAAGUGCCAUACAUUCCACCUCAACCUCUCUGCUGCUUUAUAUAACGUGUUAGUAUUCACACAAUACAUACAUUUUAAAUGCUAUUUGUCAUCACAGCACCCAAAGAAAAACAUUUUGUGUAUAUUUCAUGCUUUUUAGUUAAGUACUUAUAUAUAUACUUAGAUUUUUAUUUUCAGUUGAUUAACUUUUUAAUGACUAAAUAAAUUAUGUUGAUUGUA